AGUCACAAGCUUUCAUCUCUUGUUAUCAUUUCUCUUCAGCGAAAAUAUCCUCCAAGCAAACAUUUUGAGAUGGGUUCGAUCAAUCUUCUGGCAACUUCUACUUUAAGGGCUUUAUUGCUUGCAUUGUGUAUUUUUUGUAUUUUCCCUCAGCUGAUAGUUUCAAAGCAUACAGGCAUUACUAGACACUACAAGUUCAAUAUCGUCAUGCAAAAUGUGACAAGAUUGUGCCAAACAAAGAGUAUUGUGACUGUGAAUGGUAAGAUCCCUGGGCCUCGCAUCAUAGCAAGGGAAGGGGAUAGGCUUUUAAUUAAGGUCGUCAACCAUGUUCAGUAUAAUGUCACCCUGCAUUGGCAUGGAGUGAGGCAACUAAGGAGCGGAUGGGCAGAUGGACCUGCCUACAUCACACAGUGUCCAAUUCAAACAGGACAGACCUACGUUUACAAUUUCACAGUAACUGGCCAAAGAGGAACAUUGUUCUGGCAUGCUCACAUCUCUUGGCUUAGAGUGACUCUAUAUGGUCCCAUCAUCAUCCUCCCUAAAAAACAUGUUUCUUACCCAUUUCCCCACCCUCACAAAGAAAUCCCUAUCAUUUUUGGGGAAUGGUGGAAAGCAGACACAGAGACAAUUAUUAACCAAGCAAUGCAAACAGGAGGAGCACCCAAUAUCUCUGAUGCCUUCACAAUCAAUGCUCUUCCAGGACCAUUAUAUAACUGUUCUGCUAAAGAUACAUUUAAGCUCAAGGUGAAGCCUGGAAAAACCUAUCUCCUUCGUUUAAUUAAUGCUGCACUCAACGAUGAGCUCUUCUUCAGCAUAGCAAACCACACUCUCACUGUUGUUGAAACUGAUGCUGUCUAUGUCAAACCCUUUAAGACCCAGAUUGUACUCAUCACUCCUGGACAAACCACAAAUGUCCUGCUCCAAGCCAAAGCCACUGCACCUAAUGCCACCUUCGUAAUGGCUGCUAGGCCUUACGCUACCGGUCCCGCUGCUUUUGAUAACACAACCACCUCUGGUAUUCUUGAAUAUGACAAUCCUUCUGUUUCAAGCUCCAAGAAGAAGAAGCAUCCCCUUCUUAAACCAUCACUUCCAGUGUUUAAUGAUACCACAUUUUCCAUGAAGUUCGCCAAGAAAGUUCGUAGCUUGGCUACCGCAAAAUUCCCAGCUAAAGUCCCACAAGAGGUUGAUAGACGUUUCUUUUUCACAGUUGGGCUGGGGAUACUCCCUUGCUCCCAAAACCAAACCUGUCCCAACAAUACGAGAGUAGCGGCUUCAAUUAACAAUGUGUCGUUUGUGCAACCAAACAUAGCCCUUCUCCAAGCUCACUUCUUUAACCAAUCAAAGGGCGUGUACACAACUGAUUUCCCAGCCAAUCCACCUUUGAAAUUCAACUAUACAGGGACACCACCAAGCAAUAUCAUGGCAACUACUGGGACAAAGGUGGUGGUGUUGCCCUUUAAUUCGAGCGUGGAGCUGGUGAUGCAGGAUACUAGCAUUAUUAGUGCAGAGAGCCAUCCUCUUCAUCUCCAUGGCUUCAAUUUCUUUGUCGUUGGACAAGGUUUUGGCAACUUCAACUCCAGUAAGGACCCUGCCAAAUUCAACCUUGUUGACCCAGUAGAGAGAAACACUGUAGGGGUACCUUCCGGUGGUUGGGUCGCCAUACGGUUCCUUGCAGACAAUCCAGGCGUUUGGUUCAUGCAUUGCCAUCUGGAGGUACACACCAGCUGGGGCUUGAAGAUGGCUUGGAUCGUCACCGACGGAAAACGGCCUAAUCAGAAGCUGCCACCGCCACCUUCUGAUCUUCCCAAAUGUUAAUUUUGCUUAUUUUUCCACAAUUUUCCCAUAAAUAUUAUUUUCAUUAAUUCUUUUGUUCCCCUUUUAUAUUUUUACAAAUUUUUUCUUUGUAUUUCAUUCUUUUUCCUCUCUCAUUUAUGUUCCUUCUGAUGCCUUAGAGAUGCAAAGUCACAAGAUUCAUAGGGCCACUAGUACAUGGUAACUACUUGUACCAACUCAUAGAAGAAAAAGAAAAGUUGAUCGGUGUUGAUAGAGUGAAUGCGUAGCCUGCUAAGCCUGCAAUACUAUUCUAUUAUUGAGUGAGAAAUAUUUUUUUUUUUU